AACGUUCAACCCUACAUUUCUACAUCUAAAUCACUUCACAAGUCAAGUUUCAAUCAUAUUUGCAUAGAAAAUAGAUUUAUAUCACCAAACUAAUGUCUCGAAUACUAGAACAUAAAGUCAUAAACUUCAUAAAGUCACAAAUUACAAUAGAUCCAAUCCAAAUAGCAUAGCAUCAACAAGUCACAACCAAAUCAUCACUUAUCAACAGAAGAAGAACCAACAUAUACAUAACCCUUUUCUUUCAAUUGCGGCAAGAGGUCAUGACCAACAUUGUCAUAUCCAUCUUUCUCAUACUCUUCCUCCGACACAUUUUCUUCACCCUCCUACUCAUUCCCAUCUGGAAUGUUCGGACUUGCAUCUGCAUUGGCAACAUUCAUACAUUGAAUUAGGUUGAAAGAAAUAGUAUAUGUUUACUUGAACAAACAAUAAUUAAAGAGUUUUAGAACUUACCGCUUUCCAAAUCCAUGAUCUCUUCAUCAUCUUCCCUAUCGUCCCUCUCCGGCCCCGGUAGGGACACCUCGUCCGCCACGUCCACCACGAGGAGCAAGAUAUCUCGCCCUACAAAAACAAUUACACAAAUUGAAACUCAAUUCAAAAAAGUCAUCUAAAUAAGUGGCCAUACUUCACACACACAUAACACUAAUUUCUCUAAGAAGUACAAGCCUGUCCUGUUGUCCACAAGUACAAGCCAUUUCAUUAACAAUUUAACAUGAUAUACUUUCGAAUCUCGAAAAAGAAUUAAUACCAAAGAAAUCUUAGUGCCAAUCAAGCAACAAAUCCAAUUAGAAUUUGAAAAGCAAACCAAUAAUCUAUAGAAAUUUUUCAAAGAGGAACAACGACGAAAAAUCUUAGUCCCUAAAUCUCUAGUCCAAAAUCCAAAUCAAGAUGCCAAUGGAGCUAUUUGCGACCGCACAGUGCCAUGCCUGCCCAUAACUCACAAAUUCAUCACAAAUUUAUCCAUCACAAAUUCACAUAAGAUUGAAACUAAAGAAGUCACAACUCACAUCAGAUUGAUUAGAGGGGAGGAACAGCGGCAGCGGCUGGCUGCUCGUGGACUGGUUGGCGGAGGAGGAAAUGGCGGAGCAGCAGGGGCGCGGGUCGGGGAGGGAUAUAGCGGAGAGUGGCAGCGUCGGGGAGAGAGAUGGCAGAGAGAGGCGGCGCGGGGAGGGAGAUGGCGGAGAGAGGGGGAGUCUCUUCGCUGUCGGCUGCGUCGGGAAGGGAGAUGGCGAAGAGCGGCGACGUCGGGGGAGGGAGAUGGCGUCGUUCAGGGCAGGCGGCAGGGAGAUUCAGGGCAGGCAGUAGGGGAGAGAGCUCGCGUCUUUCGCAAUGCAGAGAAGAGAAGGGAAGGGGUUAGCGGUUAGGGGUGGAUCGAUUAGGGUUAGGUUAGGAAGUGGCCUGGCGUUGUUUUACGAGGGGGUUAGAUGCGUCGGUUAACCGGCAUAUCCAAUCCCGCUACCGAACACCGCCCGCACACUUUUUUUUGUUAGUCGAUUAACCGGUAACUGCCGGUUAUCGGUUUAACUGGCCGAUUAACCGGCAACACAUACCUGAACCUCCAGCCCUAUUGAGCAGAAUGUUAGACUUAAUAUAUAUAUAUAUAUAUAUAUAUAUAUAUAUAUAUAAUGUCCGCUUGAACUGCACUGAAGUAGUUUGGAAAAUUUGGUGAAAGCUUUGUAUAGUAGGAAAAUUUGGUAUUAAUGUAUAUUAUCCUAAUCUCAAUAUCAAAAUAUUUGGCAAAAAAAAUCUCAAUAUCAAAAUAUAAAGUUUUUGAGAAAAUUACUUUUCUCGCGUAACAAAAUCCACCGGUAGUUUAUGUUUCUUUCCUUUAUUUUACUAUGUUUUUUAUUAUUAAAAUCAUUAUUAUAACUUAUAAAACCCGAACCGGAUUAAUGGCUGAGCCAGUAGAAUCACUAAAUCGAUUACAAUAGUGAUUUGGUUUAUUUUAAUUGGAUGGUUAGCGACCAACCCAACGGUUAUUUACCGUUUGACAUGAAACUAGAUGAACUAUUCUCAUUACUGGUUCGUUGGAUCGCAUUUUUAACCACAAAAAUAAAAAAAAAUAUUUUAA